AUGUUUGAAGGGCAGGCACAUAUGCCAUCGGUGUCUAAACGCCACGGCCAAACCGUCAUGAUGUACCUCACUGACUUUGCAGCCCCAUUGGCAUCUGGCGGAGAGUUGGGAGACGGGGAUGGAGAUGGGGGGAAGCUGGUGGGGAGAAGGCAAUGGUUUGAAGUUUUUUCACCUUUUGCAACGUUGUUUGUGUUUUAUUGCAUUCAAAUGUAA